CUUCUUCUUCGAUUACACUAAUCUCUUUAAACGGUUUUUCUCUCCAUUGCAUUGUAUAUAUAUUUCGUCUGUCUGUAUUAGUUCCGAUGUAACAGAACAAAUAACCACUCUACAUGCACUCAUGAAUAACAUCUCCAGUUUUCCCUUUCAUUCCCGUCGUUCCCUUCGUUCCAGUUGAUCGCUUCGACAUUUUCUCAUUCCCUAUAUAUUCUCGCUCCAAAUAUUAUAUCGCUCCAAAUCUUGACUUCUCAAACAACUUCUUCUCAUUCCCUAUAUAUUCUCGCUCCAAAGUCCAAAUACAACUUCUUCUUCUUCUUCUUCUUCUUCUUCUUCGAUCAAGUCCUCACCAGUCACCACACUUCUUCUUCUUCGAUCAACUCCUCACCAGUCACCACACUUCUUCUUCUUCUUCUUCUUCUUCUUCUUCGAUCAACUCCUCACCAGUCACCACAAUGCUUCUCCUCCUCCUCUCACUGUUUUUCUUCACAAAUAGUUGUGCCGGCCAAACAACUAUUUCUUCCGGCCACACCCACGCCAUCCCCUUUCCCACCCACGACAAUUUGAACGUCAAAAAAUCUCUUUCUCAGGCUACCCAAAUUCCUCCUCUGCCAAAAACCCAGGAGGAAUUCAAGGAUGAAAGCCGCAAUAAGAGUAGCUGGAAGCUCAACCUCCUCCACAGAGAUGAAUUGCCAUUUUCCAAUUUUACGGACUUGGGCCGCCGAUUCCAAUCCCGAAUGAGAAGGGACGCACGUAGAGCCGCCCACCUCAUUGGCGCCAAGUAUGAGGCUGAGGAGUUAGGUGCCGAGGUUGUUUCCGGAUUGGGGUGGGAUUUGGGGAUUGCAGAAUAUGUGGUGAGGAUUGGGGUGGGGACUCCGCCACAAUAUCAAUAUUUGGAGAUUGACACGGGGAGUAAUCUUAUGUGGGUUCAAUGUCAACCAUGUAAGCCAUGCUUCCCUCAAUAUGACCCCGUGUUUGACCCAACUCGCUCAUCUUCAUUUGCGAUUGUGCCGUGUAGCUCCACCAUCUGCAACCGCAUCCAUUUGGGGUGCACCAGGGGUCGGUGCUCGUACGGGAUCGUAUACAUUGAUGGGUCCUACAACAUGGGGACGAUGGUGCAGGAGACUAUCACGUUUGGGGGAACGGUGGUCCGGGAUGUGACUAUGGGGUGCAGCCAGACCAACCAGGGGAUGGUCACCGGAGCCGGCGGAUUGUUGGGUCUCGCCGGGGGAUCCAUGACGUUCAUGGCUCAAAUUCCCGGGCAAACGGGCGGAGUUUUCAGCUAUUGCUUGGCGAGCUGGCACGCCGAGUCCUCCGGCUCACUGGAGUUCGGGCGAGAAAUCAUACCCGUGGGCGCUGUGUGGGUACCCUUGCUCCGAAGCAUACGGGCACCCACUACCUACUAUAUUGGGCUCUCGGGUCUAGGCGUCGGCAACAUAAAGCUCCCAAUAUCCGAAGACGUCUUCCGUUUAACCGAGCAGGGCAACGGGGGGGUGAUCAUGGACAUAGGAACCUCGGUGACAAGACUCCCCAAGGUGGCGUACGAGACUUUGCGCUACAUAUAUAUGACGCAAAUCGCCACCAUUCCUCGGGCACCCAGCUUCUCCCAAUUAGAUACAUGCUACGACCUGAACGGGCUCGGUACGGUUCAGGUACCCACAAUAUCUUUUUUCUUUACUGGUGGCCAGAUUUGGACCCUUGCAGCUAAAAAUAUUCUUAUACCAGUUAAUAAAAGGGGCAUAUUUUGCUUUGCAUUUGCUCCAUCCCCAACUGGAAUAUCCAUCAUAGGGAACCUCCAGCAGCAAGGGAUCCAAAUUACUAUUGAUAACUCUAACGGAUUUGUGGGUUUUGGCCCCAAUAAUUGUUAAAUAGAUUUUGUAAUGAUUAAGAGAAUCAAUUGAAUGAUAUUAUAUUUUGUAUUU